AUGUAUAAAAUUCAUGCAAAAAAUUCAGCUGGAGAAAGUAAUGCAAAUAUCAAUUUAAAUCUACAAGCAAAUCAGAAACAAGCAGGAAAAGGGCCAGUAUUUGAAAAGCCGAAAAUAUACCAAAAUAAUCUAGGACGUGAUGUAAUUUUAGAAUGUCGUUGCAGUGCAGAUCCUGCACCUACCUUUACUUGGUAUCAAAAUACAAAAGAACUUAAAGCAAGACCAGGUAGAUAUGAAAUGGAAGAGAGUAAAGACGGUGCAGUAUUCUUAAACAAAUUAAAAAUAAUUAAUUUUAUGAAUGCAGAUGCAGGCACAUACAAAUUAAUGGCCAAAAAUAAUUCAGGUGAUGCGACUGCAGUUAUGGAGGUAAAAAUGCCUAAGAUUGUCGGAAUGCCAAAUAUUCGUUUUGAAGAUAACAAUCAACGUGCUUUUCUUGAGGUCCGUGUUGACUCUGGGAAUCCUCCAGAAGCAAAAUGGUCACAUUCAGGGAAAAGUAUCAAAGUGGAAGGACGCUAUAGCUCAGAAUGUACAAUGGAAGGUAGAAAUUACGUGAUGAAUCUCACAAUUAAUGAUCUAACCGAAAAAGACUCUGGACUAUAUGAAUGUGAAAUUUUCAACGGUGUUGGUAAAGUACAACAGUCAAUUACAGUUAAAGUACCACCCAAAGAUCCUAAAGUCAAACUUCCACAAAUCGUAGGAUACUUGAACAGCCAGACUGCUGAAUUAGGACGAACAUUUAUAAUGACGGUAGAUUAUGCAGUUGGUUCAGUUACUCCACAAGCUAAGGUACUUAAAAAUGGAACUGAUCUAUCACUUGACAAACGAUGUACUGUUCGAGUUGAUUCUACUAAACAUUCAGUUAUAAUUACAAUAAAAAACGUACAAAUGGAUGAUAAAAGUACAUAUACUCUUCAAUUGUUAGCAAAUGGUAAUGUUUGUGAUAAAGGAAAUUUUGAUUUAUCAGUCAUUCAAGUGAAUGAUGAAGCAAAUGAAGAGGUUGAUGAAGUUGGUGAAUUACACGUACCUUCAAACAAAGGAAGUCGACGCUCAUCAACUGUUAAAAAGGAGGAGGAAUAUCUUAAUCGUCGCUCUUCACAGGAAAAGCCAGGUCUUCUAGAUCCUAAGGCUUUGGAACAAUCACUUCAGGCUAGACGUGAUUCAAUGACUAAUCGGAGAACGUCACUGGCUGAUGCAAUCCCUGGAUUUGCUGGAUUAAAGCAUCGGGAGACACCGAAAGUUGAAAAAGAGUAUUUUGUUGAAGAGUUACAAGAUGUAAAAAUUAAAGAAGGUAGUUUAAAAGCGUUGCUCAAAUGUACCUUCUGCAAGUCAACAUCUAAAUUUCGUUGGUAUAAAAACAAGUUGGAAAUAUUUCAAGGGCCAAAAUAUAAUUUUUUGCAAGAAGGUAAUGAAUUCGCUUUAGAAAUCAAAAAGAUUGCUAUGGAAGAUGUAGGCAAAUAUACUUGUAAAUGUAAUGAUAUUUCAACAACUUGUACAAUACAAGUUGAAGAAAAAAAGCAUACAUAUCAUUUCAAUCAAAAAUUGCCUAAAACAGCAGAAGUUGUUCGAGGUAAAGAUUUAACAGUUGAAUGUUCUGUGUCCGACCCAAGAGCAACUGUUGCAUGGUAUCAUAAAGGUGAAAAAGUUGAAUAUGUUGCUGGUAAAAUUGAAAUUAAACGUCGUGAAAAUCGUUGCAUUCUUCGUAUUGUACGAGCCAGACCUGAACAAGAAGGUGAAUACUGUUGUAUUGUAGAAGGGGAUGAAACAUAUAUGGAUAUUGCAGUUGAAGAUCCUGAUGAAAAUGAUGAAGUGGUAACAUUUGAAUGUGAAGUGUCCGAUCGAGACGCUGAAGUUACUUGGUAUAAAAAUGGAGAGCCUAUUACAGCCAAUGAUAAAUAUGAAAUGCUAGCUGAAAAGAAAGUGAAACGUAUUUUAAAAGUGAAGAAAAUUACCAUGACUGAUGAUGCAGAAUACACUUGUAAAGUUGCCAAGAAGACAACUACUGCUACUUGCACAGUAAAACCUGAUGUUGAAUUCAGACAAAAUCUUAUCGAUACAAAAGGUAUUGAAACAAAACAUAAAGAAUUAGAAUGUCGUGCAUUUAAUCCUAAAAAAUAUCCAGUUUAUUGGUUUAAAGAUGGUUUACCUAUAGAACUAAAUGAUCGUAUUUCAACAACAGAAAUUGAAGGUUCUUUAUACUUAAUAUUUCAAUAUUUGGAAAUGGAUGAUACAGGAUAUUACAGUUGUAAAAUUGGUAAUCAUGAAACUAAAGGACUUUUAGAGGUACAAGAAUGUGAAAAACCUCCAUCAGUUGAUCUUACAAAUUUCAAGGCUCAAGCCACCUAA